AGACAGACAAUCCGUCAGUCGUUAGCCGUCGCUCGUACGUCGUACAACGCCCGCAAGGGACAGUCGUUGAGGAACGCUUCGGUUUGGUAGACCGUAUUCGCCGUAUAGGACUUGUGUAGUAGCCGUGUGGUGUAGUGUCCCCUCCUCCCGCCCUUUGGCGUACUGUGUGUAGUGCAGGUGGCACAAGGGGAACUUGGGAAGGGGUUUCGGAGGACUACUGGAGUAGUACCAUUCUGUGUAUAUACGGUGCGUUUCGGUAUCUCGAUCGGGUUCAGCCACCAACAAUGGAAGCUGCUGCUACUUCUGCUUCGCUGGAAUUGGGAGAAGAGCUGGUGGCAUGAACAGCCUUGUGGAGUCUGCGAGUGCAGAAAGUCUCGGUGCAGUGUAUGUAUGAAGAGGGGGCCGUGGGUUGCUCCCAAGAGCAAGAGAGUGGAGCGGAGAGUGUAUGAGGCCAACGCAGGAAAAAAUGCUCUGCAGAGUCUUUCUUUAUCCCCGACUGCAAUUUCCAUAUUUUCUUUAAUUAUCACAAGAGUUUUGCGGAAUGCCCGCGGGAUUUGCGAAUUGGUGAAAAGAGGGCUUGGCGUGAAAACGAUAUCGGGAUUGAUGGUAGCAAAUGGUGAAUAGAAGUUUGUAUACAACAUCGCCGUCGUCAGCAGAAGAAGAAAUCACGGAGAUGAUGGGAUAGAGUGAAAGAGUGAGCAAUCGAAGGAGUGGUGGCAAAAGUGAAGUUUUCGGGGGCAGACAUUCUGAUGGGAGUCUGGAGUAUUGCGUGGAAAUAAAUUGAGGAGAGAAGAUAACGUUUAGUGAAGUAUACUAAAACCCAAGGGAGUGGGAUUUGUAGAGGAAGAGUUGAUGAUAGCAAAGGGUAGAAGUGCAGCGAGACGAAGAUUCAUCUCAAAGUCUAUAAGGAAGAUUGUGUAGUGCAGCGGAAUGAAGCGAAGAUAAUCGAGAUGUAAUAAAUUUGCAACACAGAAGAAAACAAGGGUUUUUAGAAUGAAGUGAAUCGUUUUUGUACGAGUGCUGAUCCAAUAAAAAAAAGCUUUUAUUCAUCCAACUGAAGAGUUCAGAUGAAGUGAAGGUGUUUCAUUCACCAUCUAAUCGGUGGUGGAAGCAGAAUAGCAGCACUACUGAUCGACAGCAGCUGAAUUAUUAUUGGAGUUGAGUUGACGACGAAGAAGGUGUAUAUCGAAACGAGUAGUGGUGUAGUGAAGCUCGCGAUUAUAAUCAUAUUACGCACACAUUCACCAGAAGCGGAGUUGUUGAAGCAACCGAGAAAGACACAACACUGCAGCAUUCGCCGCUGGAAUCGCACAAGCAUAAACUCGACCUCACAAAUCGAUCAGCAACGCCAGCACCCAAGUGGUGCGAAACGAGUCCAAGUGAACCGUUAAGCAGCUCCAAGGCUUGACAACUAACCCUGAGGUUCAGAAGCCCAAAACUAACUGGAUACGACGAGCUGCCUCCCAAAGUGGUAUUUGUGAAGAGCUUCCGACGCUGAGAUAGUUUUUUUCUCUUCAGGAUGUAUCCUAUUCCAUUGGGCUAAUUAGUUUGGGAAAAGUUUCCUCCGGAAAGCUUCGCCACCUCCAUCCACUCGAUUGCUUCCAUCAUCGCCCAUCAUGAUUCGAUAUUGAAUUUUCCAUCGAUAUGUAUUAGCCGUAAAUUGCCACUGAAGAGUGAGUGUUUUGUUGAGUACCAAUAUGGGCAAGAAAAUAAGAAGAGUGUAAAAACCCGCAUCGACGGCAGCAGCUGAGUGGCACAUGAAAGGCAAAUAAAAGUGGAAGUGAAUGAAGAGAUAGAAGAUAGGUGAAUAAAAAAGUGAAUAAAUUUACAUAAAUGCAAUUAAGGUGCAGUGAUGUGUGCUUAUUCGUUGGCUGGUUGAUAAAUGUCUAGUUGAAUUGAGCGGACAACAAGCAGCUGCAGCAGCAGCCGGAAAAGCUUCCACGCCCACCGCCCACCAGAAUUAUUCCGUAGUCUACGUUGUCGUCGAUGUGCUCUUCCGUUGCUGUCGUCGCAUCAUCUGCAGCUAUUACCAUUUUUCCGAUAUGUGUCUAGCUAUAGAUGUACAACUAGUUAAGGCCACACACCCACAUGUAUGAAGCUUAUUGGACCCAUUUUGAGUCAUCGUCAUCGGAGUGCCUCCGGAAGGAACGGAAGGCAAGACUCUUGCAGAAGAGUUGAACUGUAGACAACCAAUAACGCAGUAUACAUCGUAAUAACACCGUAAUAUAGUGUAAGCGUAGGAGAAGAAGAAGAAAAAUGUCCCUCAAUGGGAGAGAUCUGAUGAAGCAGCAUCAGGCCCCACCGCCGGAAUACAACCACCAGAGUGUGUUAACGAUGCAGAAAUCGGUGACAAUCACGGUGACGCCACAGCGGAGCAGCUCGAUGGAUUUGCUCAACUUUGAGGAGAAGCGGCAGCUGAUUGCAUCGUCCCUGUCGCUGUCGGACAUCCUGCACGUCAGUCCGGCGGCAGCCCACGUGGCCAAGGAGGUGGCCGCCAGCACUGUGAUUGCUACCAAGAAACAGAACGGUGCCACCAUGCGCUCCAAUAGUCUGAAUUCCGGCUCCCGGACGCCACCCCUGGAGCGGAAGAGCAAGUUCAGCGCCUUCGGGCGCUUCUUCAAGCCGUGGAAAUGGCGAAGAAAAAAGAAAAGCGAAAAGUUCGAGUCCACCUCCAAGUCUUUAGAACGUAAAAUAUCAGUACGUGCCAAUCGCGAAGAACUUGUACAAAAAGGCAUUCUGCUGCCCGAGAGUCCCACGUCGGCGCUGUCCAUAGCUGCCAUUUGUAUCAGUCCCACGGAAUCGCUAACGUGGUCAACAUCAUCCCAUAGACAACUACAAACCUUCCAUCAGCCGAACCAUUAUCGAAACCAAAACGAGGAACAAUAUACCAUCUACAACUCAGUGAACGGAACCAACAAUUCAUCCGUCCUGCCAAGUCUAGCCAACUCGUCGGCAUCAUCGUCAGCAGUAGUACCAAAUACUAGUAGCAUAACCAACAAUGUGCCUUUAUCACAAUCGGCUCAGCAGAUAAGUAGUAGCAACAACAUCAUCAAUAGCAGCAACAUUAGCAGCAGUAGUAGUAGUGGUCCGUUGAGCUUGUCGUCGAUCCUGUCGUCCGGAUCGCUCGGUGGUCCUCAUCAGCAGCAACAGCAAUCCAGUGGGGGCCCCGGAAGUGGUGGCAAUGCGGUGAUCGGUGCCAAUAUGAUAAGCGGUGGGACGGCUGGGCAAGCCCUGGCCAGUAUACUGACCGGAAAUGCCCCCACCAGUAUAGGUGGUUCCGGAUCCGGAAUGAUGUCUGGUUUGUCGCAUUCGCAGUCGGCUCACCAGAUAGGAGUGUCCGGCGGCGGCAUGUCGCAACACCAGGCCCUCCAGCAGCAACUGCAGCAGCACUUUGCCAACGUGGCCAACAGCGGUAGCAGUAGUAUAGAGCCAAGAAAAGAAAAGACUGACGUCCAGAGUAGUGCGAACGGGUCCUGCGUGGAGCACCCGAGUGGCGGUCCGGCGACCAUCGAUGGUAGCCUCCAGCAGGCACCGCUUCCGCCCCUGGUACAGCCAAAACCAGAACGACCCAACACCCUGGGACCGGCCAAGCUGACCCGCCGGGUCCUCUGCUACCACACCGAUGGUUUUCAAGAUAAUCAACGGAAAACACCACCACCAGCGACCGUCGAAAACCAAUCCAAUCAGCACCAUCCGACGCUGCAGCAGCAACAACAGUCUGCCCUGGCCGCAGCUGCUGCAGCCGCUGCCCAGCACCACCAACAGCAGCAGCAAUCGCAGCUACCGUCUCAGGCGGCUCUUUCGGCCGCAGCAGCCGCCGUCGCCCAACAGCACCAGCAGGCACUCCAACAGCAGCAACAUGGCGGUGCCGGAAUGCAUCAGCACCACCAUCACCACCCGAAUCACAUCAUGCUGUCGGAGCUGCCGGAACCGCCGAUACCGGUGUCCGAGAUUGGACCGAUCCCGCCGCCGCCAAUGUUUUCAACACCAAGUCCCACCCUGAUCGGGGGAAGGCCACAUCAGCAGCAGCAGCAGCAACAACAGCAGCAGCAAAUGCUACAACAUCAGCAACAGCACCAGCAGCACUCACACCAGCAUCAGCAGCAGCAUGGCCUCAAUGUGCAUUCCACUACUACUAGUACCGGUAGCAAUAAUAGUAUUAGCGCGAGUAAUUUAAUACCGUUAGAUAUGAACGAUUACGAUUACGACGAUCAUGAAAACAAUGAUCACGAGGAGCUCGACUCGGACGAGGAGUACAUGUACACGAUGUCGCAACCAAAUCCCAACAUCGAUACCAACCGUAUCGACGAGAUCCCUGCGAAGGAACCCAAAUUCAACGCAGUGCCAUUGAAAUCAGCUUUAAAGAAGAAGAGUUCCAACCCGGGGACGCCAACCCAAGACAACCGGGCGCUAACGGUGCGCUACGACAACAAUCCGACCGCGACGAUCAAGCCAGUUUUACGACCACGGAUUAGAAUAUGCGCGCGGCCCAUGCGUUUCCAGAUUGGCCUACCGAGUACGAUCGAGAACAAGGAGAACACCCGGCCGUACGUGAUCCGCGAGAGCGACAACGAUGACCAUAACGAUGGCCCGAUCUGCUACCGGGAGGACGACACGGACCGAGCGGCCAAGAUUGCCCGCAAGGAGAGCCUCUCGAUCAAGCUGGCUCUGCGACCGGACCGACAGGAGCUGAUCAAUCGGAACAUACUGCAGCUGCAGUCGGACAACGAAAAGCAGGAAUCGAAGGAAGCCAUCGGGGCCCGGUUGAUCCGGCGACUGUCGAUGCGGCCUACCGCGGAGGAGCUGGUCGAGAGGAACAUCCUGAAGACGCAAACUCCGGCGGAAGAGAAAAAGCAAAAGGAGGAGAAGAAACGCUACCUGCUGCGAAAGCUGAGCUUCCGACCCACCGUGGACGAGUUGAAGGAGAAGAAGAUCAUCCGCUUCAACGAUUACAUCGAGGUGACGCAGGCGCACGACUACGAUCGACGGGCGGACAAACCGUGGACGCGACUCACCCCCAAGGACAAGGCUGCCAUCCGGAAGGAGCUGAACGAGUUCAAAAGUUCCGAGAUGGCCGUGCACGAAGGCAGUCGACAUCUUACCAGGUUUCAUAGGCCAUGACAGCUGCAAUGCAGGAUCAAGCAGAGACAUUUUGCCGUUCAUUAUUUUACCUUUCUCAUUAAGAAUUACUACAACAAACAUUUGAUUGUGUACAUAUAAAUCCAAUACACACAUACAUCAGGAACAAUUUGUAACCAGUUCAGCAGUAGCAGAAGCAAUUCAUAACGCAUCAGGAUUAUCAUCAUCUUCAUCAGCAUAAUCUAUCACUACCAUAGAACAAUUGGUAAAAUCGGCGGUGAAGGCAAAAAGGGCGAAACGAACCAGUUUCCAUCAUUUCCUGCAUUCCCUGGAGAAGACGAGUGCUGGCAAUGGAGAAGCGUUCAAUUCCACAGAGGAGACGCUGUUGAAAUGUCUAUUAUUAGCAUCCCCCUUCCCCAUUCACAUAAUUCCAUUGACCAAUCGAAAAUGAUCAACGGUUUUUGAAAACAACAAAUUUUGACUAAAUUGAACAAAUCGCAUCAUGUAACUACAAAAAAAAAACAAAACUGAGCAUCUCAACAGCAAGUUAUACAAGUUCGUUUGUAGUGUCAAACCCCUAAUCAGAGCAGAAAAACAGCAACUGAAAUAUUAAUUACAGUAAUCGAAAAGAAAAUGCGUAUGCAAACGCAAAGAAAACCACAAAAAACAGCCCAUGUUUCAAUAACGAGAAAAUUAAAGGAAACUUUAAAAAAAAUAAUUAUGGAAAAUAAUACUACUGUGAUAAUGUUGACGUUAUUAGAAUGUUACCGAGACGAAAACAAAAGUGAAUUAGGAGGCGAAGAAAAAAAAAUCAUAAGGAAACAUGAAGAUU